CUCAAAAACAAAACAAAACAAAACAAAACAAAACAAAACAAAACAAAACAAAGGAAGAAGUUCAACUCUGAGGGACACAGAUGGGCCCUGAAGGCUCCAUGAGCAGACGAAAAUGUUGGACUUCGCAACUAGAUCACCUUAGCUCCGGAACUACAGAGCGAUAUCGUUGUUUCCGGGAGGAAAAAAAAAGAAAAAGCGCUUAACCCGGAAGCUGCGUGUCCCAUCCCCGCUCCGGCCUCUCUGACUGGGGUGAGGCCGCAGCGGACUGCCCUUUCCCAAGAUGGCGUCGAAGAUAGGUUCGAGACGGUGGAUGUUGCAGCUGAUCAUGCAGUUGGGUUCGGUGCUGCUCACACGCUGCCCCUUUUGGGGCUGCUUCAGCCAGCUCAUGCUCUACGCUGAGAGGGCUGAGGCACGCCGGAAGCCCGACAUCCCAGUGCCUUACCUGUAUUUCGACAUGGGGGCGGCCGUGCUGUGCGCUAGUUUCAUGUCUUUUGGCGUGAAGCGGCGCUGGUUCGCCCUGGGGGCCGCACUCCAAUUGGCCAUUAGCACCUACGCCGCCUACAUCGGGGGCUACGUCCACUACGGGGAAUGGCUGAAGGUCCGUAUGUACUCGCGCACAGUUGCCAUCAUCGGCGGCUUUCUUGUGUUGGCCAGCGGUGCUGGGGAGCUGUACCGUCGGAAACCUCGCAGCCGCUCCCUGCAGUCCACCGGCCAGGUGUUCCUGGGUAUCUACCUCAUCUGUGUGGCCUACUCACUGCAGCACAGCAAGGAGGACCGGCUGGCGUAUCUGAACCAUCUCCCAGGAGGGGAGCUGAUGAUCCAGCUGUUCUUCGUGCUGUAUGGCGUCCUGGCCCUGGCCUUUCUGUCAGGCUACUACGUGACCCUCGCUGCCCAGAUCCUGGCUGUACUGCUGCCCCCGGUCAUGCUGCUCAUUGAUGGCAAUGUUGCUUACUGGCACAACACACGGCGUGUUGAGUUCUGGAACCAGAUGAAGCUCCUUGGAGAGAGUGUGGGCAUCUUCGGAACUGCUGUCAUCCUGGCCACUGAUGGCUGAGUUUUAUGGCAAGAGGCUGAGAUGGGCACAGGGAGCCACUGAGGGUCACCCUGCCUUCCUCCUUGCUGGUCCAGUUGCUGUUUAUUUAUGCUUUUUGGUCCGUUUGAUCUUUUGCUUUUUUAAAAUUGUUUUUUUGCAGUUAAGAGGCAGCUCAUUUGUCCAAAUUUCUGGGCUUAGCGCUUGGGAGGGCAGGAGCCCUGGCACUAAUGCCAUACAGGUUUUUUUCCUGUUAGGAGAGCUGAGGCCAGCUGCCUCCUGGAUCUCCUGUCCCUGAGAAGGGAGUAUGGCAGGGCUGGGAUGCGGCUACUGAGAGUGGGAGACAGAGGAAAGAAGAUGGAAAUUGGAAGUGAGCAAAUGUGAAAAAUUCCUCUUUGAACCUGGCAGAUGCAGUUAGGCUCUACAGUGCUGUUCAGAGACUGAGAGUGAGUGUGUGUGUUAAUACAUGUGGAUCAGGCCCAGGAGGGGCCCAGGAGCUGAGCACUACAGAAGUCACAUGGGUCCUCAGGGCAUGUUAGGGGCAGAAACAGUACCAGCUCUCUGUCAUUCACCUUGAGAGCGGAGCAGACCCUGGUCUGCUCUGGACUGUGCAGGGGUGGAACAAGCAGUGACCAGCUUUGCCCUUCCUGCUGUCUCCAUUUCUAGCUCCAUGGUUGGCCUGGUGGGGGUGGAGUUCCCUGCCAAACACCAGACCACACAGUCCUCCAAAAAUAAACAUUUUAUAUAGACA